UAUUUACUGAAACAUUAGUAUGGUCUGUGAUGCCUCACAGUUUGACUGACCGCACAGGCUCAUCAUAGCGAUCCUUUUAAAGGUUGCACUCAUGCAGAAACGAUAUAAGUAAGAAGUCAAGGGCAAGCAGAUGAAAACCACAGUCUGAAUAUCAGGGUCUGACUCAACACCUCAAAGACGAAAGGCUGAAAAGAUGAUGCAUGCUGUGCACGAUCUUAUGUUUCUCUAUCUUCUAACAUGUCUUGGACAAAAUGGGCAUGGAAGUGAAAUCAUAAAUGGCAAAAAUGUCCCACAGAACUCAAUGCAGUAUAUGGCUUCUGUGCAGGUCAAUGGAAAACACGUAUGUGGAGGAUUUCUUGUCAGUGAAGACUUUGUGCUCACGGCUGCACAUUGUUACAAAAAUUCUCCUAUGGAGGUUGUAAUUGGAACCCACAACCUGAAGAAGGUUAAUAACAACAAAAUGAGAUACAGUGUAAAGACAUGCAAGCACCCACAAUAUGACAAAGUUGUAUCUGGUAAUGACAUCAUGCUCCUCAAACUCUCGAGGAAACUUCAACUGGACAAGAAAGUGAAACCGAUACAACUGGCAAGGAAGGAGAUUAAAGCAAAAGACAAUGUAAAGUGUCAGGUGGCUGGAUGGGGUAUCACAGAAACCAAUGACAAAGCUGUUGAUGUGCUGAGAUGGGUAGAUGUGCCUCUUAUUGACCUUAAUGUCUGUAAGAAACAAUGGACAUUCGAGGAAGUUACUCUUCCAAAAGGUGUUAUCUGUGCAGGAGGAAUUAAGUCAGAGAAUGGAUUCUGCCAGGGUGAUUCUGGUGGCCCUCUGGUGUGCAAUGGAACAGCGGUCGGUGUUGCGUCUUUCAACAUGAAAAAAAACUGUAUUUACCCAAACCGACCCAACGUCUAUACAGAUAUAUCAAAGCACCUUUCCUGGAUCAAAAACAUUCUGAAAAAAAAGCAAUGCUAAGUAUAUACUGUAACAAUGUGCAAUCUGCAAUAUCUGGCAUUAUAAUACUGUAUGUGAACUGCAGGAUAAAUGUAAAAUAGCUUCAGAUAUCUCUCCUGUAUUGCAAAGAUAUUCCUGCUUGCUCUUAAA